GCGCCCGUGGGUGGUGUGCCGCGGAUCCUUCACCGGGUCUUCUUCCUAGAGGGGGGCUGGUGCUCGCCGAGCUUCAAGUCGAUCAGAGCCACCUUCCACGAGAGCAACCCUGGCUGGGAGGAGUGGAUCUGGGGCAUGGACGAGGUCAUCGAGCUGUUCCGGCAAGAGGGCGCCGCGAUCGACCAGCUGCUCGGGACAACGUCAUGCAUAAACAAGAACUGCUCGCAGCUCGGAAGCUUCUCCGAUUACUUCAUGCACCUCAG